CUGUCCUUCGAUGCCACUUCCCCGGACGCCGAGGGGCACUUCCUGCUCGGGGAUCCUCCGGGGCUCCGGCACAGAUGGUGCUCUCCGAGCUGGCCUUGCGCCUCAACUGCACCAAUUACAAGAACUGGGUCAAGGCGGGCCAUUGCCUGCUGCUGCUGCGGGGCUGCCUACAGGGCUUCAUCCGCGCCGAGCUGGAUGCCUUCCACCAGCGCAUUCUGUCUGGGGCCCCUAGCCUGGGCCCCCGCGCCUCCUGCAGCGGAAGCGUGCGCUGCACCCCCCGUGCUCGGCAGUUUCAACCUCAAUGUCAAUUGUGUACAGAAUGGAAAAACGAGAUUUUGAAACAUCACACCAACAGAAAUGGAGACAUCUACUGGGGAAACUGUAAGCCAGAACGCUGGCCUUUUGAUCCCUGGGAACUGGCAAAGGCUUUUAUGCCCAGGGGAUUGGCAGACAAAAAAGGACCCGAAGAAUGUGAUGCAGUUGCUCUUCUAAGUCUUAUCAACUCCUGUGAUCACUUCAGAAUUGACCGAAAGAAAGUUAGAGAGAUGAUUAAGUGUCGUAAUGAAAUCAUGCACUCUUCAGAAAUGAAAGUCUCUUCUACAUGGCUAGAAGAUUUUCAGAAGAAGAUUCAAAGUUUUUUGAAUGAAUUCCGAAAUAUCCCAGAGAUUGCAGCCACAAGUGCCAGAGUAGAACAGCUACUGACAUCUGAUUGGGCUGUCCAUAUUCCUGGGGAGGAUCAGUUGGAUGGAGCUGAAAGUACAACCAGAAUUUAUCUCAAUGAAAGUGAAAUUAAUGAAAUAGAAAUGGAAUUAUUAAGAGAAAAACUUCAAGAGAGUUAUUUGCAAGCAGAAGAGCAAGCAGUAUCAGCUGAAGAGCUCAUAAGAAAUGUAGAGGCAAUGAAGGUCUUCCUAAGAAACAACAAGGAUCUUAGAAUUCAUUUUGAAGAAGAAAUACAAAAGUUGGAGGAUUUUAAUCCACAGAAUCAAAAAAGCUGUACAAUGGAACCUGAGAAGCAAAUGCUUUGAUCUGCUGGAGGUGAAGGGACUACUUUAGUGAGAAUAAAAUACAUUACCAAAAGAUCAUCUUGAUUCCAGUCUCUUUAUUGAGGCAGCAAGGUGGAGCCUGGAGCUGGAUCAACUUGUGUUCGCAUCUGAUCUCAGGCACUUACUAGUUGUGUGAUUGGACAAAUCACUUAAUCUUGUUUGCUUCAGCUUCCUCAACUGUGGAAUGGGAAUAAUAACAGUAUCUGCCUUUCAGGAUUGUUGUGAAGCUCAAAUGAGAUAUUUGUAUCGUGCUUAACAUAUAGUAGGUGCUGCAUAAAUGCUUAUUCCUUCUCCUUCUUCAUUAUUGGAAACUUUUAUUCAAGGAGGAAGAAUGUCUAUAGCAGCAAAUGGAAGUAUUCCUUGUAACAAGAGGGAUUUUGCUUUGAAUCUUUUUCUUUAUGAUUAAAAGUUUGAGUGUCCCAUCUUCUCCACA